GAAGCCGUCCAAAUUCUAAAACAAUGGAGACCUUCCUUUCGAGACAAAAUAGUUCCAAUUAUCUUUCAAUUGUCUUUCAUAUCCCAAACUCUCCUUUCUUUUUUGCCGUCCAGCAAUCUAGCCUACCACCGAACCGUUGUAUUUUUUUUUUUUUUGGCAGGGUGUGUGAUUGUUUAUUAGGUGUUUGAUGUUAUGUCCCAGAGAAAGUGUUCCACCAUUUGUUUCUCUCUACAAGAUAACCUUGGAUUAUCAAGUUCAUCCUCCACCCUACUACCUGAUGAUGAUAUAUCCCUGCUUUGAAGCAAAUCAAAUCCUUGGUCAAGUAAUAUCUAUGUUUUGUAUAAAAUGGUAACGAUUUGGUGAUGCCCAAUACAUGUUUAAUUAAGUUAUGGCUUUGUUGUUUUAGUGGAGUCCAAGUGAACGAGUAUAGUGAACCCAUUACUCAAGAGAUACUUAUGGUUUCUACUCUUAGUGAAAUGUUGGAUCCUUCUCGAGAUGGCAUGGGUAAAAAGAAUGUUGUUUGCUUUGAAAACAUAGUUCAGAUAUCUGGUGUGAGGACGCGAAACAGCUGGUACAACUUCACUUGCCCGCUUGGCAAAUGCAGAAAGGGCCUUGAGCACGCUGGUGGGUAUUUCAAAUGCACAGGGUGCAAUAAAAAGGUGGACUACCUAAAAACAAGGUUUAGACUUGAACUUGAUGUGAUUACCGGUAAUACAUCCAUUGUGGUCGUGUUGUUUGAUGAGAAUACGUCACCUGAUGCAGGUGUGUUGCCCCCCAUUAUUGAAGGGCUUACUGGCACUAAACAUGUAUUUCAAAUUAAGAGUCUUAGUUACUAUCAUUUUGGUGAAUAUGAAAGCUUCAAUUGUUCAAAGGUUACCGGUCGUCCUCGGGUAAUGAUGGAACUAAUGCAAGUAGAUACAAACCAGCAGGUGGGGUGGCGUGUGUGGGGUCAUCCUCAUCAACUCCCCCUGAAGCGUCCAGCUGCGAUAACUACGCCUGCGAAAACAAGUGGCCGCAAGCUCCGAAAGUUACGAUUCCAACUGUGAAGAAUUGGGUGUCCAGGGUCUUGAAGAAGGUGACAACCCAAACAAUGAAUCUGCAAAUCUAGGGAAAGCGGAAGGUUAUUAUACUUUAUUUUCGAGUCAUCAUGCAAUCUCCGUGACGCUCAUGUGUUGUGAUGACUGCAGGUUGAUUCACUUAUCUCAGUUGACCAAUGAUACACAAGAAGAUGUUGCAGAGAAUUGUUUGAGAGGAUUCUUUUGAUUUAUCAUAGAUAAGUAGAUAACCAUCAUUACCAAGAGGCACACCCAUUCUUAGAACAUCUCUUAGAAUCGAUACAUUUAGACGCAAAACCCCAUCAAUCGUUGUAGUAAUCUUCAUUCUCUUAUUGUUUAUAUUAAAAACAUAUACAUGACGUAAAUGAUUGUAAUCCCAUGUAUCCAAUCGAGCCAUGAGUUGUUUUCCCUUUGUAA